AUGAAUGAAACCGGCGAUGCGAGUGUUGACAAAAGUAACGACGACGACGAUCCAACGUCUAGUCAGCAGACUAAAGACAAACAUCCACAACAGCCGGCGCCCACGCUGAGAAAAAAACCCGGUCGAAAACCUAAUCCUGCUUCACCUGCUCUGCGCAAAGCUCAAAAUAGAGCUGCACAGAGGGCUUUUAGGGAAAGAAAGGAACGUCACCUAAAGGAGCUCGAGAAUACAAUCCAAUCCCUACGUGCUAUGCAAACUGAGACGACCAACAAUUUUCACCGUGAACGUGAACAGUUACGUUCGUUGAUCGAACGAAUCAAGACCGAAAAUUAUUAUUUAAAAUAUAUUGCAUUUAAUUUUGAGUGCGCUUUGAAUUCCAUAAAUGGUAACAACGAAGCCACAUCAAAGAUUAAGAAUUCCAUAUUUUCAAAUAUCAUAUCUCCAUCAAGUUAUUGUGAUAUUGGAAAUUUCGAUCAGUUGAGUGUUAUUCCCACCGGUGCGACCUCUAUUGGGUUAAGUGGGUCACAACCUCCAACCCUCCAGCAGGUUCCCACAUUGAAUUUAAAUAAUGUCGGAACUUCUGUUGUACCCUUCACCUUACAAUCACCGACCAGUAAUUCAAUCACAUUAUCACCUAAAUCCGCCAACAUAUCUUCGCCCGCCAGCGCCAUUAAUUCACCGCCCACUCCAAACUCAACCAUACAACUCAGCAAUAACCCAUUUUAUCAGAAAUUGAGCGACCAAUUAAUAAAGUCGCUUAUACAAAAUUCGGUCUCUUCGCGUCUUGUACCGAAACAGACUUCCACUGAUGAUAGUAGUGGUGAUACUUUCAUUUCCGUAUCACCACCGCUUGUUCAAGAUCAUUCUAAUUUUCUUGAAUCAAAUUCUAACGAAUUUAACACGACGUUUGCUCUCUCUGGAGAUGUGGAACAGAUCAAUGACAAUUUGAAAAACUCUUACUCCGCCAACUCUAACUUUAUCGUCAUACCGGGUAUCAUGGAACAGCAUGUCACUAAAGAAGUAGAUCAACUGAUAAGAUUGGCCAAGAUUGUUGGGUGCACAGACCUUUCUGUCCCGGUAAAGCCAUUGGUCCGACGUCCACUGACCGAGAAACAAGAGUCUUACUUAUCAUUUCAACAUGACCCACGCAUUGAUCUUAUUCCUUGUUUACACCUGCGUUCUCGCAUGAUUCAAUAUCAAGGCCAUUAUGACCUGUAUGAAUUAUGCGAGCUGUUGAUCAACGAAACGAAAUGCUAUGGCGACCCUCUGGAUCCUGAUUCAUGGGAACUUCCGGAUAGAUUUUUCGAAAAGUUCAAGUUCUUGGCAUUUCAACAUUGUCGUCUAAAGUCUUCUUUUUAUCAACGAUAUGGCAGAUUGCCGGCGGACUUUAACAACGUGUAUGAACAGUACGCGAAAGAAGGGGCUUGUAUCUAA